AUGUCGUGCAAAUUUUGGCAAACGUCGCUUAUUGGACGGCCUGAUCUUCAAUUGUUGUUAUCCCGAAAAUGGGAGAUUAUAGAUGCUGGCGUUCCCUUACUUUCGACGACACCCUCAAUACCAGUAUACCAGCCGGACGACGCCGCACAGACAAAGACAACUGUUACAAAGAGUCAAGUGUUUCAGGUGCCUCUAUCCAUCGCUAUGUACGGCCGCCCUGGCAGUAGCACUUGA